AUGGUUGGUGUCGGUGUCCUCAGUCUUCCUUACUCCCUAUCUCAACUCGGAUGGUAUCACUUUUCCUUCAAUCCAAGUCUUCUCUGUCUUUCAAACUUGACAAGUUUAAGUUUGAAGAGGAACACAAACAUCACUACAAAAGGAUUGAGUGUGCUUUCUGGGUUGGUCAAUUUGUCAAAGUUGGACCUCAUAAGAUGUUCUGGAAUCCAUGGUGGCCUUGUCCAUUUAAGAGAUCUUGUUGCUCUACUUUUUCUGAAUGUAAGCAGAUUUAAUAUCACUGAUGAUGGGUGUGACAAGUUUUCAAAAUUGAAGUCUCUAAAAGCGUUGAACUUGGGAUUCAAUGAUAUGUCAGAUGCUAUCUUGUCACACCUAAAAGGUUCGAUAAAUUUGGAGAGCUUGAAUCCGGAUUCAUGUAGAAUUGGGUAUAAAGGACUUGUUCACUUAGCAGGCCUUGUUCAUUUGAAAUGUUUAGAGUUGUCUGAUACAGAAGUUGGAAACAAUGGUCUUCGCCAUCUCUUUGGUUUGGUGAAUUUGGAAAGUUUGAAUCUUUCAUUCACACUUAUUACAGAUGGAGGUUUGCAACACUUGGCAGUGAAACGGAUAUUUGCAUUAAUUUCACAACCCCUUGAGGACUUUAAAGAUCUUUAUUAUCCGUCAUUGCUGAAUGGGUUUCAUGUAUGGUACAAAGCUUUUUCUCCAAUCAUAUUUAUCUUAUUAGAGGGGCUUUGUUUCUACUAUAUGCCAAUAUGCUUUCCUGAGACUCUAGUUCUUUUGGGUUCAAUUGCAGUCAAACCACAAGCUUCCGGGGCCAAUUCAGUUGCUAAGACCUUUUCUGAAUUCAAACACCUUCUUCUUGUAAAUAAGUUUAAUAGCAAAGUUAGUACUUUCUUGUGUAUAAGUUCUAUUAGAAGACAAGCAUAUUUUUGA